UUUUAAGCAGACAAAAUCAUAAAAACUGUAACAAAUAAAUGCCUCAGAAAAACAACCUCAAAAAGCGUGUGUGGUAGGUACCUGAAGACUAAAUACAAGCUCUAGGACUACACAAACUCAACCCCAAAACCAGAAGCUCAGAAGUCUUCCCACAGAGAUGGACACAAUCCUCUGCGAUGAGCUCCUCCAAGAAAUCUUCCACCGCCUCCCUCCGUCGUCUUCCUCCGCCGCCUCUCUCGUCUCCAAGCGCUGGCUCCGCCUCUGCCGCUCCUCCAAGACCUCCCUCUGUCUCCGCUUCUCCCCUCAGACUUUCACACUCGCCUCUCUCUCCUCCUUCCUCUUUCACUACCCUUAUCUCUCUUCACUCUCUCUCACCGCCGCCGCCGGCGACGACGCCGCCUCCGCUUUGUUCGAUCACCUCCUUCUCUCCGUCGCCUCUUCUUGCCCCAAUCUCCAACACCUCCGCUUCCUCACUUGCCCUGUCUCUUUCUUCUCUCUACUUUCUCUGUCUGUCUCUUGCCCCAAUCUCACUUCUCUCAGUAUAUCCCUCUCCAGACCUCUUUCUUUCCACUGGAUCACCUCGUUUCUCUCCCUAAAAGACCUCACUGUUGUUUUCACCGGCAACGAAUUGAAUUCCGAUGAAUUCGAUUCUCAAGAAGAACAUCGCGAUGAAAUGAUCAGAAAAAAUUUCAACUUUUCACUGCCAUUGGAGUCUCUCUCUCUAUCCGGGACUCGACCCGGCGAUAACUCUCUGAAUUGGCUUUGGAGGAGCUGCAAGAAGAUUAAGAGGCUGCAAUUACGGAGCUGUGAAGGUAUUGGUGACACUUCUUUGUUUUCAUUGUUCCUUAAGUGUUUGACUUGUCUUCAAGAAUUGGAAUUGAGGACUUGUAGGACUAUUGUUGAUAGGGUUUUAUUGAUAUUAGCUGAGAAUUGUAUAUCUCUGAAUUCACUGUUGGUUUAUGAUGGUGGUAGCAAAGAGGGUUUGCUUCAAUUCAUAAGUACAAGCAGGUGUAAUAUGCAAAAACUGGAUUUAAGAUUACCUCUUGAUCUUGAUAACAAUCACUUGCUCGCCGUGGCCUCCAAGUUCAGGGGAUUGUCAUGUCUUAGGCUGCAGAGUUGUUGUCUUGUUACUGGUGAAGGACUGAAGAGUCUAGGGUUAGCUAUGAGUAAUGGGCUUGAAGAAUUGGCUUUGAUAAACUGCGAUGUGGUCGAAAGAGAACCGGGGUUGCUGACCACAUUAGGGCAGAAUUUGAGGGGGUUGAGGAAAUUGGACCUGUCUCAUAACGAGAUGCUGCUCGAUAAAGAGCUGAUUUCGAUGUUGGUUUCGUGUACUUGUUUGGGUGAAUUGAAGGUGAGAGGGUGUAAAAGGUUGACUAAUGCGGCCAUGGUCUCAAUCUUGAAGAGUUGUAAGUUUCUGGAGAGGGUUGAUAUAAUGCGCUGUGGUGGGAUUGAGGUGAAUGCAGUUGAGUUAUUUAUUUUGAAUUCUCCGCAAUUGAGACUGAUACAAGUUGAGGAAAGCAAGCUUUCUGAUGUUGCAAGGAUGCGGGCAUCCAAUAAGAUGAUCGAGGUUACUGUUUGAUUGAUGAUACUGUGAUGGACGAAAUGAAGAAUCAGCUAUUCCAUGUAAUUUAUUGUUGCAAUUGAAACAGGUAAAUAUCUUGUACUUUUUUUGGGUUGAUUGUAAAUGUUUCUGUUGGGUAUGUUGUGACGUAAUAAUGUUCACAUGAUGUUUGAUACUACAAUAAUUUGUACUGCUUAAGUUCAAAAUAAUUUAUUUUCCUUCUCUGCUAUAAUUUUUGCAGAGAACAUUUCUGUAUCCUAGUAGAGUAAUAUGAUUGACUGGUUCUUUCUCA